AUGGCAAAAACGAGGGCAAGGAUGCAGAGCAAACCUAAAUCUUCUCUUAAGAAAAAGAAAAAACGAGGGCCUGAUUCUAGUUCUGAUGUAAGGAAGACAAAAUCCAUGGAUGAAGUCCUUGGAAUUGAACCAAUAAAUUUCUCAGAUGAGGAAAUUGAAGCUGAGCAUGUUGAACGUCAUCUGCAACCAGCGAAUAGUUCAGAGGAGGUCUCACCUAGAGCAGUUAUGAAGGAGCAUCAACAGAGAGAAGAAAUUCGAUUGAAAUUUGCUCAGGUCAUGGAAGCUAAGAAAUUCAUGGAAGCUCAUCGGCAAACUGCAUCUGCGAUUUCUCAAGGCAAGAAUGUCACACCUCCUAUCUUGAGAUCUGGCAAUAUAAUGCAAAAUCUAGAUUGCAAAUUUGCCGAUUCUGCGGCGAAACAGAAAAUCAAGAUCACAAUGGAAGACAUUGAAGAUGAAGUGGACUACUGGAAAUCCUCUAUGGUGUGCUAUGUUCUAGGAGCAAACCCACCAUUGUCAAUUUUAGAAGGUUUUGCUCGUCGUGUAUGGAAGGAUAAGGUUGAAAAAGUUGGCAUGUUGUCUUAUGGUAUUUUCCUAAUUCGAUUUGAUUCUGUUGAGGACAGGGAUCAAGUGAUUUUGGGGGGUUAUAUUUUCUUUAACAAGAGGCCAGUUAUUAUGAAAGCAUGGGACCCUAAUGUUAACUUCAAGAAGCAGGAUAUUCAAUCGGUUCCAAUUUGGGUACAAUUGGAUGACCUUGAACUGAAAUACUGGGGAGAAAAGUCCUUAUUCAAAAUCAUCAGCCAAGUGGGAAAGCCCCUGAUGGUCAACUCUAUUACUAAAAUAAGGGACAAGUUAAGCUAUCCCCGGGUUCUCAUUGAAGUCUCUUUGAAGCAAGCCUUUCCAGAUCUCAUAUGGUUUGAGGAUGAGCAUGGUUUUAACACUUCAGUGGCUGUCACGUAUGAGUGGAAGCCAAUAAUUUGUGACCACUGUAAGGGGAUGGGCCAUGAUUCUAGUGCUUGUAGGCGAAAAGAGGGAAGGAAGCCAGAAUGGGUUGUCAAGAAUACAGAGAAGCCAACUGGUUCGGGAGAGAAAACGCUAGACUCGAAUAAGGAUAUGACCUCUUCUUUGAAUACAAAAGCUGGUCCGAAUGGUUUCAAACCAGCAACAAAGGUGUGGAAAGUUAAAGCCAAAGACCCCCUAGUUAACACUUCGGUAGCUAAUUCAUUUCAGGCUCUAAUAGAAUCUAAUGGUGGGGAUCUGAAGGAGGGGGAGCAGCUUCUCUUUCCAAUGGAUAAAAUUAUUAGCUGGAAUGUCCGAGGGAUUAACAGCCAACAAAAACAGCGGUUAGUCAAGCAAUUUAUUGCUACUCAGAGGGUUGGUUUGGUUGGUCUUCUCAAGACAAGAGUUAAGGCUCAGAAACUAGGAGCCUUAUAUCUUAAUUUGUUUACUGGGUGGUGCUUUACCUCCAAUAAUGCCUGGCAUUCUGGAGGGCGCAUUGUUGUUAGCUGGAACCCUUCUAGCUUUAAUGUCAAUAUCAUCAAGUGUACUAGUCAGUUGAUCCAUCUUGGAGUUGCAACUGUUGACAAUAAGAACUUCUUUUUUGUCACUUAUGUCUAUGCUUUUAAUGAUGAGGAGGGGAGGAAAAGGCUUUGGAAAGAUCUUCAAGAUCUGUCUGUUAUGGGUCCUUGGAUUGUAAUGGGAGACUUCAAUGACAUUUUAGCAAAAGAGGAGCGAAUUGGCAAUAGAGUUAGAUAUAAAACAUCCACUGAUUUCACUGACUGUGUAGCAAACUGCCAACUUGAAGAUGUCAAGUAUAGUGGGAGUUUUUAUACUUGGUGCAAUAAACAGCAUGGAGAAGACAGGAUUUAUUCUAAGAUAGAUCGUGUGCUGGCAAACGAAGUUUGGUUGAGUUUAUUCCCUGAUGUUGAGAUUGUGUUUUUGAAUGAGGGGCUGUUUGAUCAUACCCCAGCUGUCCUCACCGUUUAUUCAAAUGUCCCUUGUGGUAGGAAGCCUUUUAAGUAUUUCAAUAUGUGGUCUACACAUCCAGAAUAUUUUGAUAAGGUUAAAGUGAUCUGGCAGCAGCAAGUUACAGGGAAAAAAAUGUAUCGAAUAAUUACUAAGUUGAAGGCUCUAAAGGCAGUAUUCAAGGAGAUCAAUGCUCAAGGCUACUCUGAUAUAACUAGUGCAGAAAUUCAAGCUAGAGACCACCUAGUUGAAUGUCAAGAUAAGCUUCAGCGUGAACCCUUAAACCCUGUCAUACAUGUCAUGGAGUUGGAAGCUAGAAACAGGUAUGCUAAGGUUCACAAGGAUUAUUUUUCCUUUUUGCAGCAGAAAUCUAAAUUGAAUUGGGCUAGAAAUGGUGAUGAGAAUUCAACAUUAUUUCACAUCAGCAUUCAGGAGAGAAGAAGGCACAAUAGAAUUCUCUCUAUUGUUAACUCAAAGGGUGAUCGGGUGGAUGAGCUAAUACAGGUUAUUGAAGCUUUUUUAAGCUACUAA